GCAGAGGACUUUUACAAGACAGACCUGGAGAAGGGAUUUUUCCCAAACUGGACAGAAGUCUCUCCGGUUGGUGAGGUGACUCUUGGAGAAGGCCAGCAGGCCAGAGUGGUCUCUUCUCAAGGGCAGACGUGUGAGCCCAAGACUGACAUUGUUUUCCUGAAAGUCCACAAGAGUGCCAGCAGCACCGUCAUGAACAUCCUCUUCCGCUUCGGCGAGACGCACAACCUCACCUUCGCCUUCCCCGCUGGGGGUGGCAACCAGCUCUCCUACCCGCACCACUUCUUGGCGAGGUUCGUGAAGGGCUUCUCCCCCAGGAGCCCUCAGCAGUUCAACAUCCUCUGCCACCACAUGCGAUUCCUGCAGCCGGAGGUGCAGAAAGUGGUGCCCAGCUCAGCCGUCUACUUCUCCAUCCUGAGGAACCCUGUGCAGCUCAUGGAGUCCUCCUUUGCGUACUACAAGGGCACAUCGGCUUUCUCCCGCGCUCGCAGCCUGGAGGAGUUCCUCAGCCAGCCCUACAACUACUACAACCCCAUGGACAGCAACAGCCACUACGCCAGGAACCUCAUGACAUUUGACUUCGGCUUCAACCCUGACGGAGAGGUCUCUGCGGAACGCGUGCAACUCAUGCUGAAGGCCAUCGAAGCGUCCUUCGACUUGCUCCUCAUCUCUGAGUACUUCGACGAGUCCAUGGUGCUGCUGAAGGAGAUGCUGUGCUGGGACCUGGACAGCGUCGUCUCCUUCCCGCUCAACAUCAGGGACAGCAGCACCAAGUUCCCCCUUUCAGACACCAUCGUGGAGAAGAUAAAGGACUGGAACAGGCUGGACUGGGAAAUCUACACCCACUUCAACAGGACCUUCUGGGAAAGGAUCGAGCGAGACAUUGGCCGGGAGCGCAUGCGGCGGGAAGUAAAGGCGCUUCGGGAAAGGCAGACGGAGCUGGCGAGGACCUGCCUGCAAGGGUCGGGCAGCUUGGCCCCGACGGACAUCAAGGACUCCUCCCUGCAGCCACUGCAGCACGGCAAUGCAAAGAUCUUGGGCUAUAACCUCAAGCAGGGCUUGGACAAGGAGACGGAGCGCACGUGCCGGCGGCUGGUGACCCCGGAGCUGCAGUACAGCAGUGCUCUCUACAAGAAGCAGUUUGCCCCGAAGCCCCCCCAGACCCACCAGCCCGCUCCUUCUUGGCAGGGCCGUGCCCUGCGGGGCAGGCUGGAGGGCACCCAAAACUGA